AGCGAGGCUCAAAUGCUUCCCGUAAGGGAGCACAACAAAAUGCUGAGCAAACAGUUUCUGGUGGGAUUCCACAUAUGUAAACACCCCAGCAGACCCUUGCUAGAGGAGGAGCCUCCGUCCUGGUAAGUAAGGGGGCACCUAUUCGUAUACUUGGAUGUGGUCCAGACUUAUAUCGUCCAACCACUGGACCCGACGACGUACCGAGGUGCUAUCAACGGCAUUCAUUGGGAGCCCAAUCACCACCUGUGUCAGAUGCGGAACUUCAACUGCCAAGAAAGACCCGCCUUUCUCUGGCCAGUUACGGUCUGGAUACUGUAGCCGUCUUAACAGCUACCUGCGCACUACACCAACCACCUCUUUACAUGCCAGCUCAACCCACUCAAAAAACACCCCUCUGCCUUUGGUCCGGACCUAUUGAAACUGCUCGUUUCUUUAGCCUACCGUUAGUUGAGCUCAACGACAAUGAUUGAUGGCCAAACCGCAGUAAGCGGGGUUUGGUCGCUACAACUACAAAAACAACCAUAUCUGAUCCUUUUUUGUGGCAGUUGCCUGGAGCAUGAUGCGAUGGGCAUUUUCUACAGUACUGCUGUUUUCACGAGGCUAAUAUUGAAGUAUAUUGGUUCACAGUUUAUAACAAACCCUGAGCAACUCCCGGGAAUUGAUACUGGCCGUGUCCGAAACUUUAUGAUUGCCUCGCGGUGCUACAUAAAUUGAGCAGUGAUGCUAUUUGAUCUCGCUUUCUUCGAUGGAAAUUUUUUAUAUGUAUAAACUCGGCAGUAUAAAUGAUGUCUAUCUAUUUACUCCUAUUAAAAUAAUUUCUAAUUUCCAGUAGAAUAGUGCGUGACCUCUUUUUCAAGUUCGCGACCAUUUCCUGGCUAUGUUUUUUAGGCGAAUCGCAGUGCACGUCUCGCCAUUGGUAAUUUGCAUAUGUAUAAACUCUAUGCCUCCGUUAUGGAUCUCUCUUGGCCUCAUAGCUUCGAAUGUUUAACAUUUCUGACACCUGAGUCCUCGCAGGAUGAUAGCUGGCGCACCCUAAUACAGCCGUUCAGUGGCGGCAUGUGGGCUGGUGUACUUCUAUCCCUAUUCAUUGUGGGCACAGUUUUCUAUAUAAUAUCCAGCCUACACGCCAUACUACUACAGCGUCGCAUUCGUUCAUCUCAUCGCAUUUUAAAUUGGACAGAAUGGCGCAGUAAAGGGCUCUUACGGCCAUGUCACAGUUUCGAUGCGAAACUGUUUCGGGACGUACAUUUUCGUCGUUACCUGAGCCGUUUGAAAUCACUACCACAACGUAAUGUAGAUCUCUUCGAUGAAUACUCAAAUUGUUUGCUCUACACCUACAGCAUGUUAAUGUAUGUUUCAUUGCCACGCCUACCGCGUAUUUGGAGUAUACGCGUGCUCACUGGCUGGUAUUGGCUCUAUUGCAUUUUGCUAACGGUCAUCUAUCGAGCGAGUUUAACUGCGAUUCUGGCGAAUCCAACAGCGCGUAUUACUAUUGACACCCUGGAAGAGCUGUCCAAGAGCUAUGUAACCAGCACUGCUUGGGUUGAGGAGAAUAAGCAAUUCUUUAUGGAGUCAUUCGAUGAGGUGGCUCAAGAAGUUGGAGAAAAAAUGGAGAUAGUGGAUGAUAUAGAAAGUGUGACUGACCGCAUUACGAAAGGUGAAUAUGCUUAUUUCGAUAAUGAAUAUUUCUUGCGGUACUUACGCAUGAAAGGCGCACAGCGCCGCGAGGAGCAACAAAUAGCCGAAGUUGUAUUGCAUAUUAUGCGUGAGUGUGUCAUACAAAUGCCAGUGUCUUUGGGUUUGGAAAAGAAUUCGCCAUUACAGCCGAAUGUGAAUAAAUAUUUGAGACGCCUCAGUGAAGGAGGUCUCACCGCCAAAUGGCUAAAGGAUGCCAUUGCCGAGCUCGCCGCAGAGGAACGUACACCAGAAGAGGCAGUAAUGGAUUUGCCAAAGAUAUGGAGCUCAUUUGUAGCGCUUGGCAUCGGUUACUUUCUGGGCAUGUGUGCCAUAGCCGGCGAGUGGCUACACUUCGAAUAUGUAGUGCGAAAGCAUCCACUCUACGAUGUUUACAAUAAGAACUUGUAUUAUAAUUUUAAACGAAAAUUUUCAAGUUACUAACUUAUAAAUUAUUAAAAAUUUAUAUAAAUACAAACAAUUACACCGGAAAAUUAAUGCCUGUAGACAAGCAAAAAAAACGUCUUGUUGAAUGAAAGUCAAAGCAUUUGCGGUUUUACACUAUUCAAGUAAAUAGUUUAAUGUUUCAUCUUUAUAAGUACAUUCAUACAUAAAGAGCUAUUGUAUAAUUGUUUUUCAUUAGACUCGAUUACAUUACAUACACAUUUACAACGUGUUAGAAAAAGCACGUUUUGUUGACUUUUUGUUCUUAAAUAAAUAUAAAAAUGCAUAUGGAGGACAUAUAUAGAACAAUACAUAUAUCGUGAUAAAGCAUAAAUAUAAAAAUAUACGUAGAUAUACAUAAAAUAUAAACAGAUUAAUACUUGAUAAUGUGCGGAAUGCUUUCAGUGCUUUACGGUUUUACUAAAAAUACGUAUACAUAUACAUAUGUAUCAGGGAUGUUACGAAUAUUUGCAUACGCAUUCGUUAUGCGAAUGAUUCGCAUUAUUGUACACAUUCGCAUUCGACAUUCGCAUUCGCAUCAACUGAUACGAAUGUUUUGCGAAUGCGAAUGUGUAUGUACAUGGGCAGAGAGCCCACUCUAAUAUUGUUGAAAUGGCUCUAAGUCUGUCUAAACAGGGUACGGAUAACAACUGGUUUUUAGCUUCAGGUGCUAAACGCUUAAGUAGUAUAUAAGCAACACUGAUGGGCCUACUAAAAGUCUUAUAAGCAAAAUAGAAAUAAUUUUAGAUUCCUCCAGAGAAAGUGAAGGCUCGGAUGUAGAAUCUGGAGGCAUAAAAAUGUAAAAUUACGCUCAAUUGAAGGCUUAUCUUACAGAAAAAAUGAGCUCAUCUCAGUGAAAAUCCUCUAGAUUGGUGGAAAACUAAAAUAAAAUACGACAAAUUGACAGAUCUGGCCCGCCAAAUAUUUGAGC